ACACUUGCGGCUUCUGUUAUUCAAUAAAAGUUGCUGUCAUACAAUGUCUGCUUCAAACGGUGGUUUGCCGUCUGAUGAAGGAAAAAAUUUCUUUUCUAUGGUUCAGGCUCCUUUUCCUGAUUUGAAUGACGGAAAAAUAAACACUGUACAAUAUUUAGAAGCUUCGAAAGGUGUAGUUGAGUUAGUAGAUAGAUUUGGCAAGGUAUUUGCACCGGUGAAGUAUGAUAUGACCGGUAAUAUCGAUAAACUGAGUGAAAAAUAUGCAUCGAAUGAAGAAAAAUUCGAAUUUCUUAAUGAUAUGGUUCUCCAUGAUAAAGAGGCUCAAGAAAUCACAGCUAUCGAUGCUCUCCUGUGGUUAAACAGAGCAAACCACCUAGUUCAGAGAUUUUUUGAGCUGAUUUUAGAAGACAACGCUAGCGAAGAACCAAGUGACGAUCUGGUCAAGUUUCUCAAGGCAGCUUAUAAAGACACAUUGAAGGAACAUCAUGGAUGGAUCGCUCAACAUUUAUUUACAUUUCUGUCAAGAAUGUGUCCAACAAGGAAGGAUCUAGUGAAUGUACUUGCUCUAGAGAGGGAGAACAUGGAAGACAUUGUAUACAGAGAUAUGGAAUCUUUCACCAAUAAACUCCGAGAGAACGUCACAUUCAUCUUGACAUUUUACAAGGAGAACGAUCUUGAAAACUAUCCUAAACCGUCAUAGACGAACUCCGACCUUCCUCAACAGAGCUUUAAUGUAAUCAAUGGUUGUGUGUUGAUACGUCUCGGCCAUUUUCUGAAUCUACGAAAGAUUCUCAAAAAUGUGUCACUAUUGCUACAGUGUGAGUGUUUUCAAUCUUACCAUUUUUCCAGUGUAAUGUAGCUGAUUAUUUGACAUGUGUGUGUCAAAUAAUCGGCUACAUUACACCAGUUUUGAUGCACUUAUAACAAGGGUAACACUUAUAACUCUAAAUUUUUGUUAAAUUCUUUUGAUUUGUUUUGUUAUUUUAACAUUUUUAGGUUUAUUUGCUUAGGUAGCUUACUUGCUAUUAAGUGUUUUAGUAUUACACAUUACUAUUAAUGUGGAUAAAUUUAUUUUCAUUUUAUUGAUGGGAAAUAUAGAAGUUUGUGUUCUUAGCAUGUUUGAACAGGUACACAUGAGUAUAGUGUUUGCAAAUCAUAUUUUAUAUCACUAUGUAUAUGGAAACCUUAUGUUAUGGGUUUGAAACCUUAUUUAUAUUUUUAUAUUUCUUUUCCAGCUAGUUUGUGUAUAUUUCUUGAAACACUGUAUUUGAAGUUUAUAAUAUCAUAUAUGUAAAUAAGUCCUAGUUACUCCAGCAUUUUAUUUAUUAAUAUUCGUUAAACCAGUAUCAAAUUCUACUUUCCUCAAAUACAAAGUACAGUAGUUUAUGAAGAGGCUCCAAUAUCUGAUCUCUGUGAUGUAGUUUCACUUUAGAUAUUGACCUUUUACUGGGUGCUGAAUCUCACUCUCAAAAUUCUUCGGAAUUUUCUUCUCAACAAUAAAGAAAUAAGUCCUCAACUAACAAUUGGAAAUUUUUUUCAACAUAUAAAGAAAUAAACUCAAAUAAACAAUUUCAAAUAAUUCAAACAAAUUCACGGUAUAUAUGGAACUAUCAGACAUUGAUAACUCAAUUUACAUGAAAUAUGAUAUAAUGCUAAUUUUAAGGAAACAUAUAUUUAUGAAAUUCAAAUUACUCUGUAAGUUUAGAUAAAAACUAGAAGAGAUCAACCAGAAUUUCCUUCCUCCAUCCAAUUUCCUCAGUCUAAACAAAAAAGACCACUGAAGAUGAUGCCUUAUUGCAUUGGAACUUAAGUUUGGCUCAAAUAAAUUAUGUGGAACUGACAAUAUAUUUUUAAUUUUACUUCAAAAUAAGAGCUGACUCGUGAAUAGAAUAAAUUUAUUCAUCUUGCUUACUUACUUCCGAUGUCUUCACCACGGUCUGAGGAUCUGGAAAUUGUCGAUCUCCUAAUCAGGUUCGUCAAUAGUCGAGUAGACGGGUUGGCAGUGGGUGCAACUUGUACCGCUAUCCUCUAAGAUGUUCUUAAAUAAAUUCCACCACUGAAUAGUAUGGUCUAGCAGUGAGUUACUUUUUCAGUUUCUUGUGGAAUUUUGAUUGUAAAAAAAUUCUUCAAGUUUUUUAGACUAACUGGCAGAAUGAAUAUUGAAGUAUGAGCCAGCAUAAAAUGGUGUGUGUUAAAAUUUAUUAACCCUUUGCUGCGGAAGAUCAAUAUUAAGAAUUAUUCAAUGUUGUUUUCCAUCACGAACUGCUUAUUAUUAAGUCACUUUUUUGCUAUCAAAAAGAACGACGUACUAGCAGUCUGUUUUUCAAUAAAUGAAUUUAUAGACUUACUAUGACGAGAUCUUUCGGCAGGUCCGCCAUCUUCCUCCUCUGAGGAAUAAGUAGAUAAAUUCAUUUAUUAAAAAAAUCAGACUGCUAUUCGUUCUUUUUAAUAGCAAAAAAGUGAUUCAAUAAGCUUGGUCCUUGUAUUGUACUCAUGUUGUCUAUUUCUCAAAUUGGGGUCUGAAUUUAUUGCGAGGACUACAGUUUCAAGUAUGUAGAUUGAAACCACUGUAAGUAACUUGUAUUCGAUGAAUAGUGACCUGCAGUGCUCCAGUGAAUCUCGUCUUAGGAUGGUUCGUCUUCGUAGGGAUAUUUUCUGGCUUCGUAGAACUCUGUGCAUGACUUGCAGACUUGCGCUGAUCCUUACAAAGCAAUAGCAGCUGUGAGGCUUGAUAAGCAACAAAUGCAGUAAUAGCGUCAGUGGUACUACUUAUUCUUCGAAUAACAUUUUUAGCUGAAGCCAGUUUUUUGCGUUUUGCCAUUUUUUAUGAGUCAAUGUGGUCAUGCUAGUUCAGGUUUUUGUCCAUUAAAAUAAUAAUAUUCGUAUGGCUUUUAUGUCCCUGAAAGCAGUUCCACCACGCCUGAAUUUAAGCCGUCAAUGGGCCUAACGACUGUCAUACUUCAGCCGGGAACAGUUUAACGUGCCUUUCCGAUAACAUUAUUAUACUGAGAAGCGUUGUGCAGUGCUUUGCAUUUGUUGGUUCAUCAUUUAUGCUGUCAACUUGAAGGAUUUGCCCCUUUGGUGAGAAGUUUAUAUUUACUGUCUUGUUUUUGUUGAUUGUUAGAUUGAGCUUCUUACAUAUUGUUGUGGCUGCCUUAAGUGUAAUUAGUUUCCUGAUUCUUUAUGUGUGGGAAUCAUUAUAGUGGUAUCGUCAGGGGAAACUAUACAUUUAUGGUGGUUCUCAAGAUUUUUCGAAAAGUGGUUCAUAUAGAUCAGGAAAAACAAAGGUACAAGGAUUGAUCCUUGAGGCACACCUUUAGAUAUUUUUUGGAAUGAUGAUUUGACACUUUUUCUGACUGUCUGAUGUUGGUAGCCAAUUUAAAAAUAUUGAGAUUGGCCUAUAGUUGUUGGAAUUCUGCUUGUCUUCUUUCUUAUAAACAGGACAUACAAUGGAUUCAAUUUUCUGAGCAGUGUAGAUUGGCUCAAUCAGGUGUUGAUGAUGUGAGCCAAUGGAUUUGUAACCUCUUCUUUGCAGAGUUUUAGCACACCGUACCAGAAAUUUCAUCAAAGCCUGCACCCUGACUUGUUAGGUUGCUAGGGGUUGUUAGGUUUUAGGUUUUUAAAAAGUUCAUUUACUUCCUGAUGUGUGAUACUGUUGAAUGAUAAGAAGAUCGGCAUACUAUCAGAUGCAAUACUGGUUUAAGGUUUCAUUCUCUGAUGCUUGCGGCAUGGUGAAGAUUUUAUUGAAAGCAUCUCAAAUGGGUCUGUCGUCAGCCUAUCAUUCAGAAGAAGUCUCAUACUGUCCAGCUUUCCAUUUAGCUUGUAUUUUUCACAAUUUACAGUUUUCCAAAGCUCUCUGGUUUUGUCCUUGUAAUGUUUUAUUCUUUUCAUUGUAUGCUCUGCUCUCUUUACAUCCACAUCGUAGAUUUUCUUUGCCUCUUGGAACCUGUUCUUGUCAUUAUUAGAUCCUGUUAGCAAAUAUCUGUCAUUCAAAUCUUGAUGGGAAGCUUUCAUCCUCAGCAACUCACAAUCCAUGAAAACAGUCUUACUUUGGUACAUUAUUUUUUCGGCCCAAGAGGCAUUAUGUGGUCGAUGCUCUGGCGCAUUAUUUGCAUAAAUUUUUCAUACUUUUACAGACUUUGACUGAUAGACAGUUUGUUUUAUUCAGUUCCUUUAAUUCAGUUAAUUACGUUUUAUAAAAAUUCUUGAACUGAUCUAAAGCUUGAAGGCUAACUAGAACAGGUAGAUACUCUGGUUUUGAAAAAUCACUGUUCAAAGAUACGAAAGCAUUUUAAAAUAUAAUCUGUAUUGAAAUUGUAAAAUAAUUAGUUACAGAAAUUUGAUAUCGCACUCAUCUAUCUGUGAUAGAAUGAAUAAUUGUGAGUCGAAAUUAUUAGUGAGAUACUAACUAACAUCGAGUAUUCAGUUCAUGAGUAAUGAAUUAAUCACACUUAGUACCUAUUUCAUAGUUGGCUUCUCUAUAUAAAAUUGAAUAAUAUUCUUAUUUUACACUGCCAUCAUGAGUACCAGAGUAGUGAUAGCAACUACUAUUGUAAAAAAUGAAUAAAGAAUGGCAUUUUCAUCACAGUAACAAACUAUUAUAAAAAAAUAGUUCAAUACUUGCAUAUAUUGACAAAACUAUUGUUGAUCGUGAUAUAGCCUACAGUUCAUACUGUGAUGUUUUUUUAACAAGUACAGUACUGUAUUGUUAUCGGUCAUUACCUUUAUAUUGGUAGAUGCUCAAUUUACCCAAGUUUAAUGCUAUAUAAUGAUUUUUAAUGAGAUAUGUAUCAAUAAUUCAAUUUGAAUAAUAAGAUGAUUUGCCAACGAAUGUUAUAAAUAUAAUUAUACUCAUUGUGCUCUAAAUGAUUUCAUUGGAAAUGAAAACAAAUUUCAAGUUAAACCUAUCCAGACAAUACUGUAAUAACAAUAAAUUAUAAUGACUUUUAUCAUAUUCUAUGAUAUUUAAAAAUCAAUCCUUCAAAGAUUUGAAUCUAUUUAAAAAAAAUAGUUGUUUAGAAACCUCAUAUUGAAAAAAGUAUCUAUCGUCCAAUUCUCAUCUAUUAGAUCUCAUUUUUGAACCCCGAAUAUUGAUUUAUCAUGUUUCUCUUCAACAUGGGUAGUGUUUUUAUCCUCUAUAGGUUGUAAAUGUAAUUGAUAUUUUUGGAAAUAAUUGAACUAUCAACUGUUCUCUAAAUAUUUUUCUGUAAAUUGGCAAUGUUUGUAUAAAUAUGAAUACAGAAUAUAUUAAACCAA